CGGACACCCGCGCCCGAGACCAUCCGCCUGAUGUGGUGAGGGGUGGGGAGCUUGGACGCUGGACGGGAGACCCCAGAUCCCCGGAUCCCAGACGUCGGGGUGGCUGCCUAAUCGCCGGAUCUCAGAGACGCAGCCCUCAGAGAACGGGGUGCCACACCCCAGGGUUCCCCUUUGCACGCUCUGCGCAAAAGAUGGGGAGGUCUUAGGUCUAGAGGACCCCUAGAUAUUCCAGAAAAUCCUCUGCGCAGACCUCGCUUGGAGCGGACCCCAGCCCUCGGGGAAGCUCCUCUGUGCUUCCUGGGAAUAGCUGGCAUCUGGGGUUCCAGAUGGUCCCCUUGGAGAUGGGAAGUCUGAGGCCAUGGUGCGGUUGGGGGGUUCCUGGGCAUUUUUCCAAUCCGGGUCCGUUUGGUCUGCAGCCCCCAGAGGGCGCCAGCAGAUUAAACCUGGAGGUCUGGGGGCUGGAGGUCCUGGAGGUAUGGAGAGGGGUCUCCACCUGCCGGAAGCCGCCUUCUCCCUCCUCUCUCCAUUCUCGGGAGGUCCCACGCCCUGCCCUUUCCCAUGGGCUGGGAUCCUGGUCGCUGGGGACAAGGGCCUGCGCAGACAGGGCGGCUGCGUGGGAGGAUGCGUGCCCCGGCUACCUCUGCGUUCCUUCUCCCCCGGGAAGAUUUUAUUCUGCACCCUCAACAGCCACAAAGUGGACAUGCAGAAGCUCCUAGGGGGCCAGAUAGGCCUGGAGGAUUUCAUCUUUGCCCACGUGCGAGGCGAGACCAAGGAGGUGGAGGUCACUAAGACAGAGGACGCUCUGGGGUUGACCAUCACGGACAACGGGGCCGGCUACGCCUUCAUCAAGGUGCCCGGGAGGGGGUGGGCAGGUGGCCUCCUGGGGUCCAGCAACUGCCCCCACACUCUGGGUCGACGUGGGUUCUGGGGAUUCGAGGCGGGUGGCUGGGGUUGCCCUGCCAGCGACGCUGGAUCCCUGCAGAGAAUCAAGGAAGGCAGUAUCAUCAACCGGAUCGAGGCAGUGUGCGUGGGUGACAGCAUCGAAGCCAUCAACGACCACUCCAUUGUGGGCUGCCGCCACUACGAGGUGGCCAAGAUGCUCCGGGAGCUGCCCAAGUCCCAGCCCUUCACCCUGCGCCUGGUGCAGCCCAAGAGGGCCUUCGAUAUGAUUGGCCAGAGAAGUCGGUCCAGCAAAUGUCCCGUAGAGGCGAAAGUGACCAGUGGGAGGGAGACCCUGCGGCUUCGUUCUGGGGGGGCUGCCACAGUGGAGGAGGCGCCCAGUGAGUUUGAGGAAGAGGCAUCCCAGAAGGUUGAUGACCUGCUGGAAAGCUACAUGGGCAUUCGGGACCCCGAGCUGGGUAAGGGGCCAGGCAUCCACCAUGGUGGAGACGUCCAAGAAGACAGUGAGCGCCCAGGAGUUUGCACGCUGUUUAGACUCCGUCUUGGGCGAGUUCGCCUUCCCCGACGAAUUUGUGGUGGAGGUGUGGGCCGCCAUCAGCGAGGCCAGGGAGGCCUGUGGCUAGUCUGCCCUGGGGGAGCCCAGCACAGCCCCAGCCUGGAGCCCCGCCCCCUGCCCCAGCCCUGCUCCAGAACCCAGCCCAGAUCGGAGGCCAAGUUCCUCUCUAGAGCUCAAUCCAAUUUGGAGCCCCAGCCCAGCUCCAGAACCCAGCCCUUCUCUAGAAUCCAGCCCAGAUCUGAGGCCAAGCUUUGUGCUAGAGCCCAGGCCAGCUCUGAGACCAAGCCCAGCAUUGAGAACAAGCCGUGUUCUAAAACUCAGGCCAGCCCUGAGACCAAGCCCAGGGUUUCUAGAACCCAGAUGAGCUUUGAGACCAUGACCAGCUCUAGAACCCAGAUGGGCUCUGAGACCACGCCCAGCUCGAGAACCCAGAUGGGCUCUGAGACCACGCCCAGCUCGAGAACCCAGAUGGGCUCUGAGACUGAGCCCAGCAUAGAGACCAAGCCCUGUUCUAGAACUCAGGCCACCUCUGAGGCCAAACCCAGCUCUAGAACCCAGAUGGGCUCCGAGACUAAGCUCAGCUCUAGAACUCAGAUGAACUCUGAGACUAAGCCCAGUAUUGAGACCAAGCCCUGUUCUAGAGCCCAGGCCAGCCCUGAGGCCAAGCUCAGCUCUAGAACCCAGAUGGGCUCUGAGACUAUGCCCAGCUCUAGAACCCAGAUGGGCUCUGAGAAUGAGCCCAGCAUUGAGACCAAGCCCUGUUCUAGAACUCAGGCCAGCUCUGAGACCAAGCCCAACCCUAGAACCCAGAUGAGCUCUGAGACCAAGCCCAGCAUAGAGACCAAGCCCUGUUCUAGAACUCAGGCCACCUCUGAGGCCAAGCCCAGCUCUAGAACCCAGAUGGGUUCUGAGACUAAGCUCAGCUCUAGAACUCAGAUGAACUCUGAGACCAAGCCUAGUAUUGAGACUAAGUCCUGUUCUAGAGCCCAGGCCAGCUCUGAGACCAAGCCCAGUUCUAGAAACCAGAUGAGCUUUGAGACCAAGCCCAGCUCUAGAACCCAGAUAAGUUCAGAGACCAAGCCCAGCAUUGAGACCAAGCCCUGUUCUAGAACUCAGGCCACCUCUGAGGCCAAGCCCAGCUCUAGAACUCAGGUCAGCUCUGAGACCAAGCCCUGCUCUGAAGCCCAGGCCAGCUCUGAGAUGAAGCUCAUCUCUAGAAUCCAGCUGAGCCCUGACAACAAGCCAAGCUCUGGAACCCAGACAAAUUUUAAGACCCAGACCAGCUUGGAGACCAAUCCCAGUUCCAGAAUCCAGGCUAGUUCAGAGACCAAGCCCUGCUGGAAAACUCGAGCUGACUCUGGAACUCUGGACAGCUCCACAAUGCAGCCACACCUGGACACUCGGUCUAGCUCCAGAACCCCAGUUAAUUUUGGAACCCAUGUGAGAUUCAUGAAGCAACCCAGCUCUGGAACUCCAGCCAGUUCAGGAUUCAGAGACAGCUCCCAAACCAAAUCCUAUUCAAGAACUCAGACCAGCUCAGAAACCCAGGUCCACACAACUGCCCAGUCCAGAUCCCAAGCCCAGUUGCAUCCAAGUACCCAUCCCCACCCUGCAGCCCAGUCCAGCGCCAGUGACGAUUCCAGCUCUGAGACUGAGCCCAGCUCUAGAACCUCACCUAGUGCUACAACCAGGCCCAACUGCAGGAUUCAGACCAGCUCUGGAACCCCAUCCAUCUUGGAAGCAAGGCCCAGCUCCAGCACACAGCUUGGUGCCAAGUCCCACUCUUCCUGCAGAAUGCAGGUCAGCUCUAGAAUGCAGACCAAUUUCAAGGCCUGGCCAAGCUCCAGAGCUCAAUCCAGCCCAGGCACUGCACUCAACUCUAGAACUCAGCUCAGUUCUGGAGCACAGGCUGGUUCUGAAAUCCCAGCCAGCUCCAAAACACAGACAGUGGCUGAGACCCAGCCAAGUUCCAGAAUCCAACUAAGCUCAGGAGUCCUACCUAGUCCUGGGACCCAGGCCAUCGCAGCAACAGAGUUAAGCUCCACAGCCCCGUCAAGUUCUGACAGCAGGCCCAGCUCCAAGACCCAGCGCUGCCCAGGAGCUCGACCAGCCUCUGGGACUCAAUUCGCCUCUAAAACCUUGCCAGGUUCUAGGUACCAGCUCCAGACCACAGCCUCAGAGAGCUCUGGUAUUCAACUAGACUUUGGGAAGCAGACCAGCUCUGGAAGUCAGCCUAGCUUUGGAACUCAGCCCAGCUCUGGGACCCAGAUAAGCUCAAGAAUUCAAGCCAGCUGUGGAAGUCAGCUUAGUUCUGGAACGCAGCUGAUUCCUGGAGCCCAUCCCAGCUCCAGAACUCAGACCGGUUCUGGAAACCAGCUCAGCUCUGGGACCCAGGCCCGUGCAAGAAUUCAGCUCAGCCUCGGAGCUCAUCUUAGCUCCAGAACCCAGUCCAGUCCUGAGACCGGGCUCAGCUCUGCGGCUCAGCCCAGCUCUGGAACCCAGCCCAGCUCUGGGACCCAGCUCAGCUCUGGGAUUCCGUUCGGCUCUGAAACCCAGACUGGCUCAAGAAUUCAGCCCGACUCCGGAGCCCACCUUAGCUCCAGAACCCAGUCCAGCUCUGAGACUGGGCUCAGCUCUGAAACCCAGACUGGCUCAAGAAUUCAGCCCAGCCCUGGAGCCCACCUUAGUUCUGGAACCCAGUCCAGUUCCAGAACUCACAUCAGUUCAAGAAUCUGGCUGAGCCCUAGAAAUGGGCUCUCCCCACAGACCCCUGGCCUUGACCCUAGAAUCCAGCUUGAGGCCCCUGCCGCAACCCAACCUCAGCCCGCAGGCCCACCCCCCAGAGACCCUACCCCAGCCCCUAGCAAAGACCCCCAGCCUCUGCCUCAGCCCCAAGAGCAGGUACGUGGCACCCAGGCCAGCCUCGGCCCCAUCCCAGGCUUAUCCCUCGCCUCCUACCCGGCCCCUCAGCCACAGGUCUCCUCAACCCCCCAGAAGCCAGCCGUCUCUCCCAAGCCCCAGGUGGGACCCCAGAAAUCCACCCCACCCACCAUAUCUGUCACUCUUAGUCCUGCCCCCAGAGGCCUCCUGAGUUCCCAGCUGUCUGAGUCCCCAGCUCUGGCGCCUGCCCCUUCCCCAACUCUGGAGGAGCCAGGGCCCCACACUUACCGCGGGGGGUCGUAGCUUGGCUGUGACCUAGCCCUGGCUCAUGUGGUUCUCACCCUCUCCUGUCCCUCCCAGCCUGGGCCCCCCAGAAGCAGCAAGUGACCUUAUUUCCCCAGCAGGCGGUGGUGGCGGGGUGUGUGGUGGUGAAAACAGGGGCUUCGGUUUCACCGGCCCUGGGUCAGAUCCAGGUCCUUGGAGGGAAAAGGAGGGCAGGAGAUGGGUUGCACCGCAUGUACCCUGAGGGUUCAUGGUGAAUAAAGGCACUUUCCAUCUGUGCA